ACAAAUUUUUGUUUGACUUGUGGAUUGAGAAAUGAAGCGUGUGCCAGACGAGAGAUAAAGAAAUAGAAAAAUUCAACCAACAAGUGCCAUCAAGAAUUUGUGAAAAUGUACAACAUUUAAAACAUACAAAAAAAAAAAAUAAAGCCAAAAAGUGGAAAGAAAAAAUCAAAUAAUUUCGUGAAACUGAUUUAUUAUUCAAAACAGCAAAAUGUGUAACAACAAAAAAAUUAUUGUUAAGAUAUUCCUAAUAUUUACGGGAAUAAUGUUAAUUGUGGAUACAGAUCAAAGUAUUAUACAAGCCAUGAAACUUAUGAAUGACACAGAACUGUUAAUGAGUAAUGGAAAUGUGAAUCGUAACCUGAAUAUAAUGAAUCGCUUAGAUGAAACGGAUACCGAUAAUGAUGAGGACGAUUACGACUAUGAAGAAGACGAUGACUAUGAAAAUGAUGGCUCUAAAUAUAAAAUAUUUACACCAGAAACUAAUCACCAGAGAAGUAUCAGAUCACCUUAUAAAAGCUAUAGACUACCUUAUAAAAAUAGAACUGAGGAUGACUAUCAAUCGGAUCAGCCUAUUGGAACAUUGACCGGUUUUAAGGAAAAUCAGUUGGGUAAUCCAGUUUCGAUUCAAGCCCAAUUAAACUUUAUAAGAGAGCAAAAAAACCUAAAAGAAAUGGCCACCAAUAACCAAAACGAAGUCUAUAGAUUAGCCAAUUGCAAAGUACCAAGAAUGGAAUUGAUCUAUCUCAGUCAUAUGUCAAAAAAUUAUGAGCCACGAGCUGCCAUGGUGCAUCGGUGUAGCGGCACGACAGGAUGUUGCAUUGAUCCAACAAAAAUAUGUGAGGCCAAGACAACUAAGAUUGUCGAAUUAGCAUUCUGGGAGAGCAAAUCCAAUGUGGAGAGCAAAUCUAUUGCAGUUUUGAAACAAUUUGUAAAUCAUACUGAAUGCCAUUGUGUCAGUUCAUCAAAACAGCGACGCAAACGAAAUGAUAUGCCCUGUCAAUGUCCUGAAUAUUUCACUAAUUUCGGUACGCAAAACGAUUAUCAAGUGGAUCAGGUACCAAAUUUUUCAUCAACUAGAUCGUGUCGUUGCGAUUGUCAUUUAAGCAAUUCAAUUUGUCAGCGUUUGAAGAAUGGUGAGGAAGGUUUCUCCAUGUCAGAACGCAAAUGCAUUUCAAGCAGUAAAUGCAGUCAACCGGUUUGCAACUUUGGUGUCUAUAAUAUACAAAAAGGACGCUGUCCGAGUCCCGAUUCAAUGCGGCAGCAACGCGGCCACCGAGGUCCUGGCUAAGAAAAACCAUAAAUACACUUCCUGCCCGCUGUGUCAUAUAUCCAUAUAGCAAUACAGAACUGUGAGGAGUGCUUCAAAAAUAAUCGGCAUAACCAAAGCAAACAAAUAGUUUUUCCAUUCAUAAUAUGUAUUUUCAUUUACAAUAGAAAAUAUUUUUUAUUUUUUGACGAAUCUCCAGCACAAAUUUGAUAAACUACUUAAAAUAUUUAAAUUACAGUCGUUUCGAGCUAUGCCGAUUAUUUUUAAAGUCACUCCAAUUAUUGCCUAAUAAACAUAAAACUAUUGUAAAAUUAUUAUAAACUAAGCAUUCUGUUCCAAAACUGAGAAAAACAACAACAACAACAAAAUCAUGAAAAAAUUUUCAACAUUACAGAUAACUUACAGGUUUACUCUAUAUAAAAAUAGAAAUACUAUAAACUACAUAUAAACUCACUUGUGGCAUUUCGAAUUACAUACACACACACGCACACAUAUAUACACACAACAAACACACACACACACACAUAUGCAAUUUCGAAUUAUUCAUUCGAAUUUCAAGUUCCGAAGUAUUGUACUACUAACAUUCAAUUUGUACUUAAGUUCCAGAUUUAUGAUUAAAAAUGAAAUACAACUA